GCACUCGCAAAUCUGCCGCUGCGCAUCUCGUCGACUCUAUAAAAGCUCGCGCGUGCGCCGCCGAGCGCAGUGACCGACCGACCGUGACGCAAAAAUGAAACUCUUCGCCCUAGCUUUCCUCGUCGCGUGCGCGUACGCAGACGUGUCCCACCUGGUCAACCCUGAGGCCAACGCCAAGAUCCUCAGCCAGGAGCUGGACGUGGGCGUGGAAGGGAGCUACCAGUGGGCCUUCCAGACCGACAACGGCAUCUCGGCGCAGGCGCGCGGCGAGCUUACCAACCCGCAGUCCGACAACGCAGCGCAAGUGGUGCAGGGCCAGGCUUCGUGGUCCUCCCCUGAAGGCGAGCAGAUCAGCGUGCAGUAUGUAGCCGACGAGAACGGAUACCAGCCUCAGGGCUCCCACCUCCCCACCCCUCCCCCCAUCCCGGCCGCGAUCCAGCGGGCUCUACAGUACAUAGCCGAGCACCCGCCCAAGGAGGAGCCCAGGUCUUAAGGAGUAGAAUAAAACUCCGCAAACUAUAGACAUUUUAACCGUAACUUUAAACAUAACCUGUGUUUUAGUAUGGAGUUCGAUAACUUUGGCGUUUGUUAUAUUUAAAGAAAAAUGGUGCAACCCAGCCGUAGUUUUGAGCUGUUAACCAGUAAAUAUAAACAUGAAAUUACGCACUAAACUAUAGGCCGACUAAAAGUGUAUCUACGGGGACUUUAAGCCUAGGCGCAGACCGCCGACUUUUAGUUGGACUCGAUUUUAAUUUGUAUGAAGAACUGGCCGAUACCGCAUCGGUGCAAUGUGCGCACUUUCAUACAUAUCCAUACUGGUUAACACCCCGACUAAACUAUCGGCCGACUUAAAGUCUUUAGUCUGCGGAAACUUAUGUGUAGAAGUAUACUGGAGCUUGAGUUUGAGAACCACUAAUGGGGGUGUGGCGACACCUAUCGACGCGCCACUACAAACUGGUUGCAACGAUCGCUCAACAGAUGGCCCUGAUACAAGCUUACUAUGGCACACGCCUCCGGGCCUACAAACCUGGAUCGCGGUAGUAAAGUUUUUUCUUUUAUUAGUGGUUAAACACAAGCUACAGUGGACUUUUUAGUUGUAGUAUUAUGUAAGAUAUAAAAUAAAUGAUAAACAGUUCAAUUACAAAUAAGUAAAAUU